AUGUCGUCCUCUGAAUCGCCUGCUUCCCAGCCCGGGGACAUGGACCAAGACGAGAAGCCUCGCGUUCUCGUCGAUGGGCCUGGAGGUGCCGAUACCAAGCAAGGCGCCAAGAUCGCCUGUCUCGAAUGCCGAUCCGCCAAGAUCAAGUGUUCCGCACCCACCGACGGACAGGUGCCGUGCAAACGCUGCGUCAAGCAUCAGAGAGAGUGUCUGUUCGAAAAGCACAAGCGCGGUCGAAAGCCAAACAAACGCUUUUCGGUGCCGUCGGAUCUGCGAGCAACGGCACGCAACGGAAGCGAGUCGAACUCGUUCGACGCUUCGAAUCGACCAAUUUCUUCGAGUGGAAGAUCCGACACGAUGCAUACCUCGUCGCAUCACAAACAGCAGCAGCAGCAAAGCUCACGCAAUGGGUGCUCUACCCCCGACAAGGCCCAGCGCAAGCACGAUCCAAGCUUCGGCUCCGGCGAAGCGGCGAAUCGUCACCAUUUCGCGGACGGCAACUGGAAGUCAAGCAGCAAUUUCGGCCCCGCAGGUCAGGCGUUAGGUGCGCCGCCAUCGCACUAUCCCGACGAACGCUUCCAUGCUGCGGCGGAGCAGUAUUCGAAUGGAGGCAUGACUGCAUCUGUGUCGGCUCCUUCCGGUCUCGCUCAAUCUGGCGGCAUGCCUUUCGCAUAUGCACAGUCUCAUCACCACCCACAACCGCUGCAUCCAUCCCCACAUCAUCAUCAUCAGCACCAGUUCUCACAUCAACACUCGCUUCAGCAGCAUCAACACCCGCUCCAACAGCCGCAGCCGUCAUCCUCGCAUUCACACGGUCGACACGCCUCGGAUCAUCCAAGCCCUAAUCACUGGCGGGACCACCCGCAACCGCAAGCCGUCUCCUCGCCUCACAGCUCUCAUUCGGCCGCCGCUGCUGCCAAGCAGCACGACAGCUAUACGCACGGCCGAAACAGACCUUAUGCCCACAACGUGCCGGCACCCAGCCACAGCUACGCACACUGGGAUAGUCAGCUAGGAUCGGAAAGGGCAAGCAAAGGUAGGCUGGAGAUGUCUCCGUCCAGGCGGACUUCCGCUUCCGGGGCGCAGAAUGCGCAGCCGCACAAGGCCUCUCAUUACGCCAGCGCUACCGACAAUGGUACGUCGCAGAAGCACAAAUCGGCGCUGGACCACCGCAGCGCAUCGAAGGGUCGAACCCAGCGUCGUGAGGGCGCACCAUCUCACCACCAUCGACCUUCCAGUCGCGGCGGCGCUUACGACCACGAUGCAGACGAGGAGUUUGACGAUGAGCAGGACGAGCUCGAGGACGAUGCGGAUGCGACGCGCGAGGAACACGAUUACGUCCUCUCUAAUCCGCUCAAGCUGCUUGCGCAAGCCUCGGAUGCAGCUGCUGCCCGCAUCGAAGGUGGUCGUUUCGAGCCCGGCAAUCGAAGCUCCCUCGCGGCAGUUGAGACCAUGGGCUUGCUGCAUCCUACUUUGCCCUCGAGUCGCAUGGCUACGAGCGCCGCCGUUAACUUGACUGGUCUCGGUCGUCCCCUCUAUGGACGAAGGGAGGAUGACUUUUCCCGCAAUCAACGCGGCUGGCCCUCGAAUCGCUUGCUGCCUCCCAUCCUCAACGCGAGCCGAGGUGUAUCUUCUGGAGAAGGCAGCAGUCUAGAUGCGUCAAGCCACGCUCCGCCUCCUCCGUUCCUCAAGGACAGCAUGCGAUCCAAAUCCUUUCCCGAGAACGAGCUUCCGAGAAUCGAGGCCCCGACCGCCAUCGACGAGCCCGAGCCUACUGUGCCGGCCGCAGCCGGCUCCGUCAGCGGCCAGAUCUCGGCAGCCAAGACCGUCUCUGGUGUACCUCUGGGCCGUCCCAAUGUCCUCACUCCUUCUACUCUGGACCACGAAGCAUGGGAAUACCGCGAAGGGAAAGCGCAAGCACGCCGAGGCUAUGGUUCGAGUCCAGGCGGGAUCAGCGCUGACGCCGUCACCACGGGCAGCAGCGGCGUCUCUGCUGGCGCUGCCAAUGCUCAGAGGCAGGGCACCGCAUCGGGCAUCCAUGGAGCAUCGCCAGGCGAGAUCAUCGAGUCUCCCGCCGAUGAAGUUACGACUGCAAUGAUAGGCAAGCGCAAGCGAGGUCGAUCUCGUGCCGCUCGCGGUGGAGGCCUUCCUUCUCGUCGGAGGAAGCUCACAGAGUGGGACACGGACGCAGAGAAUGGCGAAGGCGCCGACGAAGAGGCAAUCGCAGACACGACCAAAGGCAAGCAGGUCACUAUCGCCACUCUGCCGAAACCUAAGGAGGCCAAUGGCGUCAGUUCCGGUGGUGAAGGUGAAGCGGGUGCGUCGCGCAAAGGCUACUUCAACUUGAGCCUGUUCCACAGCAAGAACGACGAUACCGAAGGCUUAGACCCGGUCGAGCUCGGUCUGGUCGAGAUCAAGGAGCUCGAGAGGCUGUUCGACAUUUUCUUUGCGCGCAUCAAUCCGGUUUUGGAUCUCUUUGACCCCUUCCUCCACAGUGUGGCCUUCGUCCGCAUGCGAUCCGCAUUCCUUACAACGGUCAUCUCUAGCAUGGCGGCACGCUUCUCGGACACACCGCAAGACGCCAAGCUCGCCUCGACUCUGGACAAGCACUGGCAAGAGAAGCUUCUUCCCAUGAUUCUGCUCGGUGGCUACAAGAGCGUCGAAAUCAGUCAAGCGUUUCUCAUCUUGACCACGUACAGCCGACCCACAAACAGGCUGGUCGAUGACCGCUCGUGGCAGUAUCUUGGAUUUGCCAUUCGAACGGCCACCGAGGUGGGAGUGAACCGCAAGGUCACUCCGAGCGAAAACUUGCUCGGCAAUGAGCAGGUGGCUCGUCGUGUGCGAAAUCGCGAAAGGCUCUGGUUCAAUCUCUUCCUCUACGAUCGGACCUUGAGUGCUCAGACAGGACGGCCCUGGACCAUUUCAGAGGACCGCAUGAUCGUGCAGAGCUCCAUGUGGCAUCGCCAGGAUUUCGCCUUGCCCGAAGACGUCUCGCUGGUCAGCUUGAUCAAGCUGCGUCGGAUCACGGCUCAGCACACAGAGGCUUUCGACACGUACCUCACAAGCCCCGACCGCUUCGACGAGACGCAGACGGCCACGGCACUUGGUGUCGGUGGACAGAGCAUGUUUGAUCGGCGUCUCGCCGGUCUCGAGUUUUUCCGCAAGAAUGCCAACGCAGAUCUUGAAAAGUGGAAAGAGACGUGGUGCAUCAACACGGAGGACAAGAUCAAGGAGGUGGAUACCAGCACGGCUGCUGGCAAGUAUCUUGUUCGAUGGGCACCUACCGCCAAACUCUUCUACUACCAUUCGCGCCUGCUCAUCAACUCGCUGGUGCUCGGCGCAACGGAGCAGUACGAGGGCUUCAUCUCUGGAUCGUCUGUCUCAGUCGACUGCUGGACGUCUGCCAUCUCGCUCAUUGACACCGUGCUCAACGACUUUACCGAGGAGGUGUUGGUGACGUGGUCCAACGAUCGCGUGGUGAUGGCUGUGUAUGCCGCUGUGUCCGCCGUGCGCAUGACCAACCUGCAGCACAAGUAUGCCUUUGCUGACAAAGAGACGCUCCUCGCACUGGUUCGUCGCCUGGCGACAAGCAUGACAAGCGCAGGCAAGACCCCGCGACACCGCAACGGUUCGGCUACUCCCUAUGGCCGCUACCUCAGGUCUGUGUUGGCUGCCUUUGAGCCCGAGAACCCUUCGGUCGCCGUCACGACACAACCAGGCGCGGCAGCGACGGGACAGACGCCAGGCAAGGACAGCGAACAUGCCACUUCUAUCACGACCAGCAGUCUUGGACCUGGCGACAGUCGCUCUGCCGCCGCAACUCCGCUUGCUGCGGCUGCUGCUGACAUUGCGGCUGCUGCCUCUGCUGGCGCCGGUGCUCAAGAAUCUUUGAACAAUCCUUCAGACGUCGUGGGCGUCGAUCAGGCCGACAAAGCAGGUGGUGCGGCACCUCUGCAGGAUGGCUUGCCUGCAGCUGUUGCCGAUGGAGCUCCUGCAGCCGUCGAAGGGAUGGACACGGCCGACGCUGUUCUGAAGACGGAGGAUCUUGUCGAUGGAGCUGACGCUGUCAAGCCGCCGCUGGCCCCGGUAUCGUUUAUCGUCGCUGACGGCUCGAGCAUGGAUUUGGAUCUUUCAGCGGCUGCCGCGCAGAUGGCAUCAUCUAAUACCGGACUCGAUACACAGACCAACAUGGACAAGCUGCUGCAGAUGCCUAUGGAUGGUACUGGUGUGACCACCAAUGCGCCGUGCAUGCUCACGCCGGCCGGUGCAGCUGUAGCGAGCGACGUCGCCUGGCCCGCGGCUGCAGCGACAGGUGGAAUUGCCAGGCCUUCUUCGUCGUCCCACUCGUCCUCGGCCGGUGUUGCCGGCGCCACCAAUGGUCUCCUGACCACACCGAGCUCGAACCUGUUGCUUGCCACGCCCAUCUCGCCAGCGGGGAUGGAAGCCAGCGAGGACCCGGUGGCAGCGGCUGCGGCAGCUGCAGCCGUUGCGAUGCCCGACGUGGUCGACGACCCCGAAUCGCUCGAGCGCAUGUGGAACUACAUGACCGCUUUCGAGCAUACGUCGUUCUGGCAGCCUCAGUCGACGUGGAAUCUCAGCGGCGGCGGCACCAACGCUGGUCCGCCCCACCAUGGCAAUGGGCAUUAG